AAAAAUGCACGUUUAGGCGUUUUGACUUUUUGUUUUGAAAUUUUGUCUGCCACUCUGCAUUGUUACUCCCAAUUGUGGCAAAACGCAAGAUGUUGAGUGUGUUUCGUGCUUCGGGUGAUUGCCUCCGGAUAUCGGUUCCGUUGGAUCUGAGACGGUCGCCUGAAUCGCAGCCGCCUCCCAGUACGAACAAUUCCGCGGCGGUUGAAGCUGGGAGCAACGGCUCUGAGCUACUCGAGGUUCUUUGAUCGUUCUUUGCUUCUCAUGCUCAUGCAGCUGCAACGGCGUCAUGAUCAUGAACCAACAUUGAUUGAGACGAUAGUCACAUAUUACUAAAAAAACAUCAGCCCGACGUGCUAGUUUUCCCUUGUCGUUAAAGUUAAUUGGAAAGGGGAACAUCAAGUACUUCUAUUUUCUCGUGUCGUGAUCUCCUGAUCACUCUAAAAAACACAGAACGACCUGCUCCUCGAGCCGACUGUGAGCGAGGCCACGGCAACCGAUGCGCAGGUCUUGCUGGGUGAUUUGCGCGACCGCAUGCACGAGUCCGCAUCUGCGUUUGACGAGCAGCGCCGGCGCGAUGGGAAUCCCAUCGUGGUCGGAGAGACGGAUUCGCCGACGAGAUCUCCGGUCGCGAGGCCACGCGACCGCACCGCGUCUGCCUCAACCCCCAUUGAUGCGACAAGUUCGAGUACUACCGGGUCGAAUUGCGGCAAAAUGGCCGUCGUUCCGGUGCUGAACUACAGUUCAGCUUGUAGCAGUACUACGUCAAGAACUUCCUCUCGAACGCGCCGCGGUGCCAGCAUCGCUGAAGAUUUUUCCGACGGGCACGAGCGAAAACCAGAGGAUUUUGCUCCACCUCUAGCAGUUGUGACUGAUAAAGCGGAAAUAAAGCAACGUACAAGAACACGGGCGGAAGGCGAGCAGGAACAGAAUCUUCGAGAAAUCCUUUCAGGUUCGGAUGCAACACAGGACGAAUAUGGCUCCGACCAGGAGGAGGGACGUAGUAAACCACGUAACGGCACACAAGAAAACAACGGCCCAUCUUCUUCAGGCGAUUUUGCAGCAGACGACUUCAUCUGUGUGGCGGAUGCUCGGCGCCUGGUUGCCGCGUCCCUGAGUGACCGAGAAGGCCGCAAUGUCCCGGCGACGCUCUGCUUUCUCGCCAAUAACGAUCCCGAUUCCGAUCGCUUCGGCGAAACGCUUCUUGACGCCGAACUUUUGCCACUCGAAGAGCUGCGCAGCAGGAAGUCGACCAGUCAGGAAGCGGAGAUGGAACCGCAUGACGAGCCUUCAGAACACCGCGCGGAAAACUCCCCUUCCUCCUCUCCUCCGGUGGUAUCCGUCCUCGUUCGCACGUUACACAUUCCGAACGUUUACAACGCGCUGCAGGACGCGUCUACCGUCGAAGAGGCACGGGAAGUCGUGUUUCACAUGUCCGAGACCGAGUUGAACCAAAGUUUCUACCGCAUUUUCCGGUACUGGGGCCGCGUCGGCAUUAACCUUUUGCAGGGGUGUCUUCGCGGGCACGGGCCCCUGGCGUGGAAAACCGCGCAGAUUCAGGCGAUUCUGGAAGACCCUCGCUUCUUGCGGUGGCGAGAACUGGACGCCAUCACCAAGCGGACCAUAUUCCAAGACGUGGUUUUUUACCUGGACUCCGUUCUGCUACUCUCGAAGAUGUUGCUCAGCAAAUACGAAGCUCUGGAAGCAAGGAAACGGCUGCAGAAGAAAAUCCAGGACGAGCAAGCGAAUAUUGCGAUGUCAUCGGAGCGGAGCGACCAAGUGGACACUGCUGCAGCUUCAUCCGGUGCAGCUUCAUCCUCGUCUUGUGUUUCGACGUCAGUUGUGGUGCCUACUAAGGGCAAUAAUGAUCUAGCGUUCUCGUCGACAUCUGCAGCGACGACGUCCACCUCGUCUGCACCACAACGAGGAGUUGAGCAAGCUGCUGCUGUGUCCCCUCGCGGCCGCGGCGCACCAGAAGUAUUAAAAACUCCAACCGCUCCAGCUGCAGCAACAAAGGAAGCGGACUGCUGCGCGCAUGAUAGCGAAAAGCCGAGGGCUUUCUCCAGCAACCAAGGAACUUCCGAUAUUGUGUUUUCCCCGAGUUCGCGCCGCCGUGGCGAACGCGACAACGAAUUCUGGUGGAAGACGGGAACUGCGAGAACGGGGUCAGGUGGAACUGUUCCCUCGGAUGAGGAUGCUUACAUCGCCACCGGCGUGGCACGACAGUGGGUGGGAUCGAGCUCGCGUUCGCUGGCCGACGUGGAAACCGGUGUCGUCCAGUUGCCUGUGGAAGAGUUGUCCGCAAACAACCUCCCCCUGGCUGUUGUUCCGGCGACGACGCAUCCAGUAGCCCGGGAAAAAGCACUGCUAAGCGAGCGCGUUGCGUUUUUGUCGACCGACACAGAGCGGCUGACGCACGAUGCCGUGGUCCUCCGUCGUUCCGGCGCUUCCUCCGUCGUCGGCAGCAAGGACUCAGCGACUCUGUCUCUGGUGAGCAAGCCCUCCGUUGGCGUUGUCGGGGACCCCGCACAAGAAGCCGAGGCCGCUUCAUCUUUUCCGCCAGCAACGCUGACAACAGUAAAAAUCCUCAACGGUGAAGAUGAACUUCGCUGUGAAGAGAAGAACAAAAAUGAUGACGGAGCAGCAGCACGCACCAACAAGCGGCCCUCAUCUAGAUCGGAAGAAAGUGCUUGUGCCGGAUCAACAUCCACUCCUUCCUCCUCUACCGCCGGAACUUCUAAAAGCUGCAAAGAUGGCGUCAAUAACUUGCCAUCACCAUCGAAACCCAACGCAAACGCUUCAGCGGGUUCGAGUCAAGGAGAAAAGGGCAACAUACAAAGCAGCCAAUUCCACGACAAUCACGAUCCCCCGCCCGCACCUGUGACCGGCGGGUUGAGUCGGAUUCCGCACAAGAGUGAAGCCGAUGCCGUCCCGUUGCGCAAGAACUCGCUACUUCCGAUGAGUCGUACACCGAAAAGUAGUGACGACCUGGAUCUGGUCUCGCGGCUGUUUGACCACAAAGACCUCAAGGGCAUGACGGCCUUCAUGCUAGGCGUGCGGCGGAACCACAUCGGGUUUAUCAAGUGGCUUUUGAAAGAGUACCAAGGGGGAAAAUACGCGGCGCAACUCAUCCGGGCCAAAAACGAGUUCAGCGGUAACGAAACCCCUUUCAUGCUGGCCUCGCGACACGGCCUCGAAAUCAUCGUGCGGCUAAUGCUCAGCUGUUGCGACCAACAUAGAGAACAACUACAAGCACCUCCAGCAGUCGAGCUCCGACCUACACCGGACAAUGUCGAGCCGUCGGAAGUAGAAGGGCCCGCUUCCGACACCCGUUCACUCAGUGCGUGGGAGUUGCUGAAUGCGCGUACAACGGAAGAUAAGUCGGCGAUCAUGUUCGGAGCGCAGUACAAUCGCACGGCUGUUUGCAAAAUUUUACUGGAGCACGAGAAUGGCGCGUAUCGUGAGUCGUUGCUUCGGCAGAGCGACAAAGAAAACCGGGAUCUCCUGCAGAUCGCGAAGAGUUACGACGCGGAAGGUGUGGUGGCGCUGCUCAAUGCCCUGUAAGUAGGGGCGUCUCGUCAUUGCGUUACUCUGCUACGAAUCGGAAACGGAUUCUCUUCGUCUCAGACAUCAUGUUGGCAGUCGCAGUCUCCUCGCGCAGCGCGCUGUGAAUCUGUACAUGUUUGUAACUACUUGAUACGCAUAUCAGCAAAAAGCAUUCUGCAAUUUGACAAUUGGAUUUUAUGUUCAAUUCUGUACAAUCUAUCAGUUACUAUGAUCAGAAGACGAAAUGAAAUCAAAAAGAUUUCCUUUUGUAGUGUCUGACUCUGCCAUUUUGAAUAGAACCCAUAGCCAUACAACAUGUUGUCGCGAAGCUCGAGGAGAAGAUUCGCAAUUUUUGUAAAAAAACACCUAUGUUGAGCGAAUUUUUGUGGAAUCCGAAAUCCGUGUA